GUCUAAUUUCUCACUUGCUAUAAAUAAUACUUCUCCCCCAUUCUUUUCCUCCAACAAUCAUCAUUCAUCACAUACAUUACCUUCCCUUCUUUGCCCUUGGCUUCUUUUGAAUAUGGAGUUUCAUCUCACCAUUAAAACCCUAUCAUUUCUUUGGAUAGCCGUUGCUGCAAGCCAUGCAGCUCUUUCUUCUUCAUCGUCGCCUAUAGUGAGUUUUUGGAAUUCUGAACUCCCAAACACUCCCAUGCCCCAAGCUAUCAAGAACUCACUCUCCCAAACACCAACUGAGUGGCUAGAGGAGAAAGGAACAUCUGUGGCAGUUGGCCAGGGAGGAGUAAACGUCAACACCGGCAAAGGGAAGCCGGCCGCCGGCGGCACGACCGUGAACGUUGGAAAGGGUGGCGUCGGCGUCAACACCGGAGCUCAGCCCGGCCAAGGGACCAACGUCGGUGUCGGCAAAGGCGGUGUCAACGUCCACGCCGGCGGAAAAUCCGGCCAAGGCACAAACGUGGGCGUCGGUAAAGGCGGCGUCAGCGUCGAUGCCGGCGGAAAGCCCGGCCAAGGUACAAACGUCGGCGUCGGUAAAGGUGGAGUCAGCGUCCACACCGGCAAGGGAACAAACGUCGGUGUGGGAAAAGGCGGCGUCAACGUUCACGCCGGAAAGGGAACAAAUGUCGGUGUGGGAAAAGGCGGCGUCUCCGUCGGAACGGGCGGGAAACACGGGAAACCGGUCGGAGUAAGAGUAGGCGACGGCAAGAGCCCAUUCAACUACAACUAUGCCGCUAGCGAGGACCAGCUCAACGACGACCCCAACGUCGCCGUCUUCUUCAAGCCCUCCGCCCUACGCAGCGGGGCCCGCAUGACCUUACACUUCACGAAAAUCGCGAACGGCGCCGUUUUCUUGCCCCGAUCUCUCUCGGAGAAAAUCCCCUUCUCCUCCGAGAAGAUCCCCGAAAUCCUCCGCCGCUUCUCCGUCCAACCCGACUCCGACGAAGCUCGGUCGAUGACUCAAACCAUCAAAGAAUGCGAAGACCCGGCGGUCAAAGGGGAAGAGAAAAAAUGUGCCACAUCCCUGGAAUCCAUGGUUGACUUUUCCAAGUCAACCCUAAUCCCAGGGAACAAGAACAAAAUGACAACAACGACCCUCCGCGCAGUUUCCACAGAAUCUGCCGGAGAAGCAUCAUCCGUCCGUCAGAAAUACACCGUCUCCGGCGUGCAGAAGAUAGAGCACGCCGGAAACGGGCUGGUGGCAUGCCACAAGCUGAAGUACGGGUACGCGGUUUUUAACUGCCACAAGACGACAGCGACGGAGGCUUUCACGGUCUCUCUGGUGGGAGAGAACGGGGCUAAGGUUGAAGCGGCGGCGAUUUGCCACAAGGACACGGCGGCUUGGAACCCGAACCAUAUGGCGUUUCGGGCUCUUAAAGUCCGGCCCGGAACCGUCCCGGUGUGCCACUUCCUCCCGGAAGAUCACAUUGUCUGGGUUGCUACUAAUUAAUUAAUACUCAUAAAGCUUUGUGCGUGUGUUUCUUUGAUUAAGGUACCCUUUGAAUUAUCAUUUAUGAUUCAAUCGGGAUACAUAUAUAUGUGUAGUGUUUUUUCUUCAUAUAAAUCGUACUUUGCGUUUGUUUGUAGCAGCAGCAGGCUUGUUAGCCGCUAUAUAUUUGUAUGUUUAAUAAUAUGAAGGUAUGUUU